AUGAUCCCGUCUCCCUCUGCUCCUCUGUCUCUUCCUCUCUCUUUCUACCUCUGUUGCUCUGUCUUUCUUUCUCUUUCUCCUUCUGUUUCUCUCUUUUUCUUUCUUUCUCCUUCUGUUUCUCUCUUUUUCUUUCUUUCUCCUUCUGUUCCUCUUUCUCUUUCUCUCCCUUUCUCACUCUGUUCCUCUUUCUCUCUCUUUCUCACUCUGUUCCUCUUUCUCUCUCUUUCUCACUCUGUUCCUCUUUCUCUCUCUUUCUCACUCUGUUCCUCUUUCUCUCUCUUUCUCACUCUGUUCCUCUUUCUCUCUCUUUCUCACUCUGUUCCUCUUUCUCUCUCUUUCUCACUCUGUUCCUCUUUCUAUCUCUGUUCUUCUCUUUCUCUCUUAUCUCUCUUCUUUCUCUUUCUGUUUAUCUUUCUCUCUUCUACCUUUUUCUCCCUCUGUUUCUCUUUCUCUCUCUUUCUCCCUCUGUUUCUCUUUCUCUCUCUUUCUCCCUCUGUUUCUCUUUCUCUCUCUUUCUCCCUCUGUUUCUCUUUCUCUCUCUUUCUCCCUCUGUUUCUCUUUCUCUCUCUUUCUCCCUCUGUUUCUCUUUCUCUCUCUUUCUCCCUCUUUCUCUCUCUCUCUCUUUCUCUUUCUGUUUCUCUCUUUUUCUUUCUUUCUCCUUCUGUUCCUCUUUCUCAUUCUCCCUCUUUCUCACUCUGUUCCUCUCCCUCUCUUUCUCCUUCUGUUUCUCACUCUGUUCCUCUUUCUCACUCUGUUCCUCUUUCUCACUCUGUUCCUCUUUCUCUCUCUUUCUCACUCUGUUCCUCUUUCUCUCUCUUUCUCACUCUGUUCCUCUUUCUCUCUCUUUCUCACUCUGUUCCUCUUUCUCUCUCUUUCUCACUCUUUCUCUCUCUUUCUCACUCUGUUCCUCUUUCUCUCUCUUUUCUCUUCCUCCUCUUUCUCUCUCUUUCUCUCUUUUCUCCUCUUUCUCUUUCUCUCUCUUUUCUCCCACUCUCUCUCUUUCUUUCUCUGUUCCUCUUUCUCUCUCUUUCUCACUCUUUCUCUCUCUUUCUCACUCUGUUCCUCUUUCUCUCUCUCUCUUUCUCCCUCUUUUCCACGUUCUCUCUCUCUUUCUCUUUCUGUUUCUCUCUCUCUCUUUCUCCCUCUGUUUCUCUCUCUCUCUCUCUUUCUCCCUCUGUUCGACUUUCUCUUUCUCUCUCUUUCUUCCUCUGUUCCACUUUCUCUUUCUCUCUCUUUUUCCCUCUUUCUCUCUCUCUCUCUUUCUCCUUCUGUUUCUCUUUUUCUUUCUUUCUCCUUCUGUUCCUCUUUCUCAUUCUCUCUCUUUCUCACUCUGUUCCUCUCCCUCUCUUUCUCCUUCUGUUUCUCUCUUUUUCUUUCUUUCUCCUGUUCCUCUUUCUCUCCCUCUCUCUCUCUCUUUCUUUCUCCCUCUUUUCCACUUUCUCUUUCUCUCUCUUUCUCCCUCUGUUCCUCUUCCCCUCUCUUUCUCCCUCUUUCUCUCUCUCUUUCUCCUUCUGUUUCUCUUUCUCUAAUUCUACCUUUGUCCCACUUUCUCUUUCAUUCUCCCUCUUCCUCUCUUUCUCCCUCUGUUCCACUUUCUCUUUCUCUCUCUCUCCCUCUUUUCCUCCCUCUCUCUCUCUCCCUCUCCCUCCCUCCCUGCUUGUAGGCUUUAUUUACAAUCCUGCUUUGUCCUGUAUAUUAUGGCCUUUCUACUGCUUUUUUCCUCAGAAAUAUUCUGUCGCCAUUGACGGUGAGUCAUUUUUUCUCUUUACAGCCAUCUUCUUAGUAAAUAUGUGCACAUCUUUCUCGUCUGCAAUUUCAUCUGUUUCUCUCUUCAAACUUCAGGAAUUAGUGAAAAAUAGGAAAUUAUUUUCGAUUUUUUUCGUUUCUUACUUACUUUAUUCCCACUUUCUUUCUUUCUUUCUUUCUUUCUUUCUUUCUUGGCUUCUUUCUUUCUUUCCACCUUUUUCUCUUUCUUUGUUAUUUUCUUUCUUUUCUUUAUUUUACCGCUUUCUUUCUCUCUUCCAUUCUACCCCCUUUCUUUCUCUCUUUCAUUCUUUCCCUCUUUCUUUCUUUCUCUCUUUCAUUCUAUCCCCCUUUCUUUCUCACUUUCAUUAUUUCCCUCUUCCUUUCUCUCUUUCAUUCUAUCCCCCUUUUUUUCUCUUUCUUUCUUUCCCCCUUUCUUUCUUUCCCCCUUUCUCUCUCUCUCUUUCUUUCUUUUAUCCUUUUUUUCUCUCUUUCUUUCUUUCCCUCUUUCUUUCUCUCAUUUCGUAUUUUCUUUCUUUCUUAUUUUCUUUUUUCUUUCAUUGGUUCUUUCUUUACCUAUUUCUUUCUUUCUUUCUUUCCCCAUUUCUUUCUUUCCUUCUUUCCAUCUUUCUUUCUUUCCAUCUUUUUUCUUCCUUUCUUUCUUCCUCCCUUUCUUUCUUCCUUUCUUUAUUCAUUUCUUUCUAUUUUUGGAAUGUUCUAACCACUCAAUCACGUGCCUGCCUGACUGACUGCCUGCCCAUCUAUCUAUCUAUCUAUCUAUCUAUCUAUCUAUCUAUCUAUCUAUCUAUCUAUCUAUCUAUCUAUCAGGCAUUUAAUACAUUUUAUCUAUCUAUCUAUCUAUCUAUCUAUCUUGGUCUUUUCAUAUUUAUUUUAUCUAUUUAUUCAUCUUGGUCUUUUCAUAUCGAUCUGAUCUAUUUAAUCUAUAUCGGUUUUUUCAUAUCUAUCUUGGUCGUUUCAUAUCCGUUAUCUAUCUAUCUAUCUAUCUAUCUAUCUAUCUAUCUAUCUAUGUCUGUUCAUACUUAUCUAUCUAUGUAUCUAUUUAUCUAUCUAUCUAGGUCUUUUAUAUCUAUAUUAUCUAUCUCUCUUGGUUUUUUCAUACUUAUCUAUCGAUCUAUCUAUCUUGGUCUUUUCAUAUCUAUCAAUCUGUCUCGGUUUUUUCAUAUCUAUCUGUCUUGGACUUUUCAUAUCUAUUUAUCUGUAUCGGUCUUUCAUAUCUAUUUGUAUUGGACUUUUCAUAUCUAUCUAUCUUGA